GACAACGGGAUCGACUACGGCGUCCAGCUGGCAGUUUACAGGGAAUAUCGACCAGUGUCUAAAAUCCAUCGAUGAAGCGAUAUCACAGGCCCGGGAUUAACACGCGCCGGCUUCCAGACGGCGUUCGAAACCGUUUGUUGCAUCACAACCAGUAAAGGCAGCUCGAGGCCCCAACAAUCAAGCGACGAACCCAGCGGAGGAUUUUCGUUUCUCGCUCGCUCAAAGCCGGGCCUAAGCGCGCCCAUUGGUAAAAAGGCUGCAGUUUAUAAUGGUAAAACAGUUUACGUUCAACCGCCCAAGCGAUAGUAGUUCCUAGCUAGGAUCCAGUGACCAAAAGUAGUGACCCCGACAAUGGCAACAAUGGAGAGUAUUCUGGCGAAUCUGGACCCCAGCUCUUUUGAAGUGUACGCUUUUUGGUGCUCUCUUCUGGCGCUGAAAAUGCUCGGACUGGGUCUGCUAACGUCGAUCACCAGAAUCAGGAAACGGGUUUAUGUGAGCCGUGAAGAUGCAACGUUUAUGAACGCAAAAUGGAAACGUCAAUUCGAUCCCCACGUGGAACGAGUGCGCAGAGCCCACCGAAACGACCUGGAAAACCUGCUGCCGUUCUUCCUGUUAGCAUUCCUGUAUCUCCUAACCGGACCAGAACCGGCAAUUGCUACCAGACUCAUCCGGUGGGCAUCGAUUAGCCGUAUCAUCCACAGCAUCGUCUACGGGUGUUUCCCGGUUCCCCAGCCAGCACGCCUACUGAGUUAUGCGGUAACUCAGCUGGUAAUGGCGUACAUGUCCUACAGGUGUCUUAUGUUCUUUUCGUGAUGCGAAAAGAAUUAUGAAUCACACCUCCAAAGAAAGUUUGUUUGUAUAAAUUCGUUCAGCAGAGUGGGUAAUAAAGUUAGCACAUUUUUAUAUGAUUGAUUGAAUUUCUCGGAACAUAAAGAUUACGUGAACUACAGCAGAUAACAAUGCACUUCCGGCGGUCUACGACAGAGCAUAAUACUAAUUGAACUACCCACACACCAGGCCUUGUAUACUUUUUUCUAUGAAUCACAUCGCAGAUUCCAGUUGCCGGGGGAGAAAAGGUGACUCAGGCAGUUAUUAGCCAUCGAUUGUCGUCGUCUCACGGAGCUUCGAGAAAAUUGAGAAUUCAUCAUAACUUCCAGUCUUUCAAACAAAAUACUAACACGUGGUGGAAGUAAAAGUGAAACUUCAAUCAUAACAAAGAAUUGAUUUGUACUGAAAUUCGAAACCAGAGCACAUUC